CGAAAAAGAAGAACGGUGUAAUUUGGUACCUUUUAAUUUUGAAAGUAAGCACACACUGGUCUUUAUUUUGGUUUUCUUUCUGCGACUUCCCUAAAAACGUGUAAAUAAAGGCUUAACAAGUAAACAAUACGAGAAUGCCUACAGAAAUCGAGAAUAUAAACCCUAAUGUCUACGACAAGAUCAAGGAAAGAGUGUUGACGGCCAAUGAAGAGGACGAAAAUGUGACCGAUCCUUUUGACAAGCGAGAGAUUUUUGAUCUCAUAAGAAACAUCAAUGACCCGGAACAUCCAUUGACCUUGGAGGAACUACAUGUGGUGCAGGAGGAUCUUAUUCGAAUAAGCGAUGGCCAGAAUUCCGUGCACAUCAGCUUUACCCCGACGAUUCCUCAUUGCUCGAUGGCCACUUUGAUUGGCCUUUCCAUUCGGGUGAAGCUGCUGCGAUCGCUGCCACCCCGUUUCAAGGUCACCGUGGAGAUUACACCCGGCACUCAUGCCUCCGAACAGGCGGUUAAUAAGCAAUUGGCGGAUAAGGAAAGGGUGGCUGCUGCAUUGGAGAACAAACAUCUCGCCGAGGUGAUAAACCAAUGCAUCUCCGCUAGGGGUUAAUUAGUUUAUUUUAUCCUCAUUCUGGAUAUAUAUAUGUAUAUGUAUAUGCUGUUGGUUUAGUAAAAUAUUGAUUUAAUAUAAAUUUGGUUUUACAUCAAUAUGAGAAGAUGAACUAGGUGGUAUGGAAUUGUCUCAAAUACAUCUUAUAUCUACGAUGAA